GUGUCGGAGUGGAGUUCAGUUCUCCUUUUUGGGUUUUGAUUUGAAGGAACUCAAGGGAUUAGUAAAGCAACUUGCUUUCAGCUGAACACAAACAUGUCGGCGCUCUUCAAUUUUCAAGGCUUUCUAGCAGUGGUGCUAUUGGUAAUCUGUACCUGCACAUAUGUGAAAAUUGCAUAUCCACCGCUUCUUGUGAAGAAAGAUGGGUUCCGUGGUUUAUUUUGGAAGGCGGCCAGAAUAGGUGAGCGCUUAAGCCCCUGGGUGGCCGUGGGGUGCCUCAUAAUGGGCGUGUUAAUUCUUUUUUAGUGUUGUUGUCGGUGAUUUGUAGCUCCAUCCUAUUCUACAACGAGGAAGUUUGUCAAGUGGCUUGUCGUAACCGGAAAACUGUUCUGCGUUGUAAAUAGAAGAGAUCCAAAGUUCGUCAUAAUCCAUUGAAAAUCUUUUGUCAUUCAAAUAGCUGUUUUUGUGAAGGCUUUGUAGGUUGGGCUCUAACGGCCCUAUAGAUAAUGUAUAGGAUUGUGAUCUUUGCUUGUAUAUAUUAAGAUCUGAAUGUUAGAUGGGUUGUUUCUGCAUGGACAUCUACAUCUAAACUUGAAGCCCUUGAUUAUUUAAAGGUAACUUUGAUCAAUUAUAGAGUAAAUUGAAGUAUUGGUGAAGACACCACAAUGUG